AGUAAUGCAACUUUUUGUAUGCUAUCCGCCAUGAAAAAAAAAAACAAGAAAGAAGAGGAGGAGGAAGAAAAGGAAGAAGAAGCAGCAGAAGAAUAGCCGGAAUAGUUUCAUCAUUUAUAACACACCCUCCCGCGUGGCACUACUGUCAGACACAUCACACACACUCAGAGUCCAGACGCGCUUUCACUCACGCCGCUGCAGAGGUGUCCACAGCCGCCAUGUCCUCCAGGAAGAGGGGCCCUCCGGGGGAUAACGGGGACCAGGACGCACCGCGGGCCGCCCGCAGGCAGCUCCGCGCGCACGGGAAGGGACACGUCGCCGCGCUGCUGCUCGCGAGGGGAGGAAGCAAAGGGAUCCCCCUAAAAAACAUCAAGAUGCUGGCCGGAGUGCCGCUCCUCGGCUGGUGUGUGAGAGCCGCGGUGGACUCCGACAUGUUUGACAGUGUUUGGGUCUCGACUGACCACGACGAGAUCGAGAAGGUGGCGAUCGCCUGGGGCGCCAAGGUGCACCGCAGGAGCGUCGAAGUCUCCAGAGACACUUCUACAUCGCUCGAGACCAUCCAAGAGUUUGCCAGGAUGAACCCGG